AUGAAAGCCCCAGUAGUUGGUAUCGUCUUACUCACAUUAUUUACGUUCAACAAUGCAAAUUUGAUAUAUCAUAAUCAUGAUCACGAGUCAUAUUCGAAUUCUGAUGAAUCAAAGGUGGUUAGUCGUUAUUUUGCGGAACAAUAUCUUCUAUUGAGGCAACGAGAAGAUAUAACAUUUACUAGCGACAUUCGCAAAUUUCAAAACGAUUCACUUGUUGUUCAUAAUACUUUACGUGCUCGUCAUUGUGUACCGCCAUUAGAACUCGACGAAGAAAUAAAUAUAAAUUCUCAAAUCUAUGCGAAUUAUCUUGCCAAGACGGACAGUCCAUUGAUACAUAGUACUAAUCGAGCUAGUCGUUUCGGAGAAAAUCUUUACUCUCUAGCACGUAAAAGUCCUAUUGCAAAUAUAAGUGCUGAAAAAUGUAUAAUGGCAUGGUAUGCAGAAAUUGAGUUUUAUGACUAUAGCAAGCCGGCUUACAAAUUAAGUACAGGUCAUUUUACGCAAAUUGUUUGGAAAGACACACAAAAACUCGGCGUAGGAUAUGCUUUUGGAAGAGAAGGUUGCAAAAUAUAUAUCGUUGCUCAAUAUGGACCGCCAGGCAACUAUCGCCAUCGUUUCGGUAAGAAUGUUCUUGAACCGAAAUGUUAG